GAAAGUAGUUGGCCUCAGGGCGAUGGCCGCAGGGCGACCGCUUCAAGUUCACGAUUUCCCGGGCCUCCUCUCUCUCGGCGCCGCCUCUCGCCUUCAAUCUCGAGCGCGAAAGCAAAAGAGAUCCCUUUUGUAGAUUCAUCUCUUUUCCCUUCUUGGACUGUCUCGCAUUAGGGUUAGGCAUCCGCUGCUCCUUUCUGCAUUGCCGCCUUCUCGUCAAUGGCCGACGUCUUUGAUUUGGCUGCGGGGGAUGGGUUGCGGAGGUGUAGCUGAAGCAGCAGCGGGAGGUGACUUAGCCGGACGCCGAGGAGAAGAGAGGGAGAGGGAGGCCUCCGUUUUCCUUUUUCUUUUCUUUACUGUGCCUGGUGCUUUGGUUGGAGAAUAGGGAAGGAGGAGAUGAGCGCAUCGAGGUUUAUAAAGUGCGUCACGGUGGGGGACGGCGCUGUUGGCAAGACCUGCAUGCUUAUAGCCUACACCAGCAACACUUUUCCCACGGAUUAUGUUCCAACAGUUUUUGACAACUUCAGUGCAAAUGUAGUGGUGGAUGGUAACACAGUUAACUUAGGUUUGUGGGAUACUGCAGGCCAGGAGGAUUACAAUAGAUUGAGACCUUUGAGCUACCGUGGUGCAGAUGUUUUUUUGCUUGCUUUUUCUCUCAUCAGUAAAUCCAGCUAUGAAAAUGUUGCCAAGAAGUGGAUUCCUGAGUUGAGGCAUUAUGCACCUGGUGUUCUAAUUCUUGUCGGGACAAAGCUUGAUCUUCGUGAUGAUAAGCAGUUCUUUAUAGAUCAUCCAGGUGCAGCUCCCAUAAGUACUGCUCAGGGGGAGGAGCUGUAGAAGCAAAUAGGUGCUGAUGCGUACAUAGAGUGCAGUUCAAAGACUCAGCAAAAUGUCAAGGCGGUAUUUGAUGCGGCCAUCAAGGUCGUGCUUCAACCACCCAAGCAAAAGAAGAAAAAGAAGAAACAGAAAAGUUGUUCCAUAUUGUAAUAAUCAAGCUUGUGAAAAAGGCCAUGGUGGCCAGCCAUCCUUUGGGGGGACCUUCAAAUUGGUUAGCAGCAUUCCCAGAGUAUCAUGUUAUUUGCUUUUCCUUUUGACUUGUGGUGAUAUGUAACUGACCUUCCAAAGCUUGUACCUCCUGAUGAUGACUUAUUCAUAUUAAUGUUUAGGUAAAUGUUUAAUCCAUUUUCCUUAUGCAAAGGUGGUAUACUGAGUUUAUUGUACUGUAAGUUGAUUACUCCAAUGACUUUUCUACUUUGCUAGUUUGAUGAA